UGCUACAGUUUCUCGCUAUCGUGUGUUAUUGUGCACACUAGUGUGCACGCGGAUAUUAAAAUCUGUGGAGGUCGAUGUGGAAAACUCUUCUUUAUCCCCUAUAAGUGAACAUUUGUUAAAUGAGUUUACUAGUAGCUGAAGUCCUUUGAUGUUUGUGAAAAGUUCAGUCCCGCAAGGUCUCUGUUUACCCUAGCAGCAAGCUAUCAAGCUAGCUAGCUAGCAGUUAGCAUGUAGCUAGAAACCAGACUACCGGUGAAAAGAUAGCUGUUAGCGAGCUAGCCAGACUAGGUGUCCACAGAGGAUACCCCUACCUGUCCUCCAGGUGAGGACGCAGGAUGGACAAAGUGAGGAGGGUCCUGGUCCACGUCUGCAAGGACCAAUCAGCGCCUCAGCGAGCUCAGUUUGUCCAGAGCGUGACGGGUCACUUCAGCGACGGAGGAGACGACGAGGUGGAGGUGAGCUGCUCUUUGGAUCGGAGACAGUUUGUCCUCUCCAGAGGAGCCGGAGGACGGGGGACGCCUCUGAAGAGGCCCGCCUUCUGUCCCAUCAAACACCUGUCAGUCACGCAGUCGGCCGCGAUCCCAUUGGACGUCCAGCGGCGCGGCGUCGACGUGGGCGUGGCCAUCAUCCUGCAGACGGCCAAUCGGAGGGUGCUGUUGACACGGCGCGCAAAGGAGCUUCGUAUUUUUCCCAACGUCUGGGUCCCGCCAGGCGGCCAUCUUGAGCCCGAUGAGACGCUGCUGGAAGCCGGCCUCCGGGAGCUGAAGGAGGAGACUGGACUGGAGCUGGAACCGGAGGGAGUGUCUCCAAAGAUACUGGGACUCUGGGAGUCGGUGUAUCCUCCCAUGCUGUCCAGAGGUCUCCCUCAGAGACAUCACAUUGUGGUCUACAUGCUGCUGCUGUCUCGUCUGUCUCACCUGCAGCUUCAGGCGUCUCUGAGCCCGUCUCCCGCUGAGGUCAGCGCCUGUUUGUGGGCCGACAGGCGGCUGGUGGGGGUCGUGGUGUCCUCAGUGGACGCAGAGGACGGACACGUCCCACUGCAGGGCAGUGUCAGUGUGUCUCAGGUGUCCUCCGAUGGAGCUCUGAGCGAGGCCGCUGUGCCUCUGGAGGUUCUGGUGGGCCGGGCGCCGGCCUGCGGGCCGGACGUGGAGCGGGUCAGCACCGGGACCAAGUUCGCCCUGGAGCUGUGGCUGAAGAGCCUGGAGGACAUACGACCUCUGACCCCUGACCCCUAACGAACAGCAUCUCCUUUACCUUUACAGAAGACAAAGCUGUAACGCCGGAGGCCUCCAGCAGGGGGCGGGGACACUGUGGAGAUUCACAUUUUCCAAAAUAAAAGCUCACAUUGUGUGUAUAUAGGUGGCUGAUUCCUGUUUUUGUAAAAGUUUAUAUUUUCUAAAUAAAUAAAUCAAUGACCUUUU